AUGGAAAUGCAUAAGGCAAUAUAUGCAGCUGACGAUAAGAGAGUCGUCUGCGAGUGUGGCGUAGAACUCCGGGAGCCAGCCAUGCACUUGUGUCCUGUCUCUAAGGUCAUCGUGCAUCUUAGAGACCAGCUUCAUGGAUUCCGAGCUUUUCUGGGAAUCCUCGACUUUGCAAAGGAUGGCCCACUCGUCUAUGGCUUGCGUUCGGAAACUGAGAAGUUACACCAGGGCUUCAUCGAGUCUUUUUACCGCGUUCGGAAUGAUAGCGAACAACACCCCGAGUGGUGCCUGGAUGAGUACAUCUCUAGAAUGCGGAUGGACUUUGAUGCGACUGCGCAAGGCUAUGUUAACGAUGGAGAGGAGGAUUGGCGCACUGAACCCCCACGUUCCGUCGUCCCACACAACGUCUUCACAAACAACACAACGCUGGGAAAUGCGAAACAUGAGAUUUACUUUUUCUACGAAUUGUGUCUAGAAAUGAUUAGCAAUUGGUCGGGCUAUCACCAUUGUGGAUACGACUGGGAAGCUGAUGGAUGUCAAUACCUGAGUUCAGUCGACAAGUAUUUUCAAGACACAUUCGGAAAGAUUACCCUCCUGCCCAGAGCUGAGAACGCUGCCAUGCGAGACCUUGUCGAGAAAACGUUCGAAAUCUGGAAGGAGACCCGGCGAUUGUUGUCUCAAGCCAGCCUCAUCAAGCUCAUCAUACCCUCACCAUCGGCUUGA